AUGCGUUUCCUCUCGAUCUUCGCCGUCCUCCCGCUCGCGCUUUCAGCUUCCAUCACCGCCAAACGGGACGCAAAUGCCGUUUACGACGACAUCACCGGCAUUGAUACCGCCGUGCGAAAGCUGACAUCAGCCAUCAAUGCCUACAACGGCGGCAUCACCGAGUCGACGCCAGUUUUCGACGCCACAAUCGCUGUCCACGCCAUCAACAGACAAGGCUUCAGCGAUGCUCAAGCGUCCUCACCCUUCACAUCUGCAGAGUCGAAACGCAUCGUCCAGAACGUGAAUCAGAGCGUCGGCAAGUCCAUCCCGGCCAGUGUGCAAGCCCUCGAAGCGAAGAAGCCGCUGUUCGACCAAGCCCAGCUAAGCAGCGUCAUCGAGGCGACUGUGCUGCUGCUGAAGAACGACCAUGAGACUUUCAGCCUGGCGGUUGGAGCGAAGCUGAGCGUGGACCAGGCGCCGGCUGGGUUGGUUGCGGCAGGGAAGAUCGACGCGGUUUUGCAGGAGGCUUCGCUCUACUAUGCGGUGUAG